AUGGAUGAGGAAAACAUGACAAAAGGCGAGGAGCUGCAGCCUCUGAGUUUGCAAAAAGCGUUACAACAGUGCGAGCUGGUCCAAAACAUGAUAGACUUGAGCAUUUCUAACCUGGAAGGGCUUAGGACCAAGUGUGCUACCUCCAACGACCUCACACAAAAAGAGAUCCGGACCCUGGAGAGCAAGCUGGUCAAGUACUUCAGCCGGCAGCUGUCCUGCAAGAAGAAGGUGGCGUUGCAGGAGCGCAACGCUGAACUCGACGGCUUCCCCCAACUCCGGCACUGGUUCCGGAUCGUGGAUGUCCGCAAGGAAGUCGUGGAGGAGAUCUGCCCCGGGCAGCUGAGCCUGGAAGACCUGCUGGAGAUGACGGAUGAGCAGGUGUGUGAGACGGUGGAGAAGUUCGGGGCCAACCCCGAGGAGUGUGCCCGGCUCAACGCCUCCCUGUCCUGCCUGAGGGCCGUGCACUUGUCAGAUAGGCGUUUUCUCCUGUUGUCCACCAACACGCCCGCAACACUGCCGGGUGACUUGUCCUUGCCACACCCCGGAACCCCCGCGCCGCAGUUCCGCGCUACCCAGUCACACGUGGAGACACUGAGUCACAGCCGGGAAACACGCUGUGGGAACCCCUCCAAGCAAGACUGGACAAUCCAAUGGCCCACGCCGGAGCAGGAGCCGGGCAAGGAGAACAGCCUGCUGUGCCCCGCGGAGCCCGCGCCCAACAUCGUCACGGUGACCCCGCCUGGCACGCCGCCCGCGCGCAGGAGGAACAAGCUGAAGCCCCCCGGAACCCCGCCGCCCUCCUCCCGCAAGCUGAUCCACCUGAUCCCAGGCUUCACCGCGCUGCACCGCAGCAAGUCCCACGAGUUCCAGCUGGGCCAGCGCCCGGACGAGGCCCACACCCCCAAAGCCAAGAAAAAGAGCAAACCCUUCAACCUCAAGAUCCACAGCGGCGGCGUGGGCAGUUGCGAGAACAUUCCAGCGCAGCCGCGCUCCCCGCUGCUGUCCGACCGCUCCCUGCGCUCCUUCUUUGUGGGGCACGCGCCCUUCCUGCCCUCCACCCCGCCCGUGCACUCCGAGGCCAACUGCUCUGCAAACACACUGUCAGUGCCGCGCUGGUCCCCGCAGAUUCCCCGCAGAGACCUGGGCAACUCCAUCAAACACAGGUUUUCCACCAAGUACUGGAUGUCUCAGACGUGUACGGUCUGUGGAAAGGGGAUGCUUUUUGGUCUCAAAUGUAAAAAUUGCAAAUUAAAGUGCCACAACAAAUGCACCAAAGAAGCCCCGCCCUGUCACCUCCUGAUCAUCCACCGAGGAGAUGCCUCCUGUGUUUUUGUCCCUACGGAUCCAGCAAGGUUAGUCCGGACAGAGUCGGUCCCGUGUGACAUCAACAACCCUGUACGGAAACCACCCCGGUAUUCAGACCUGCACAUCAGUCAGACGCUCCCCAAAACCAACAAAAUCAACAAGGACCACAUCCCUGUCCCUUACCAGCCAGACUCCAGCAGCAACCCCUCCUCCACGACGUCCUCCACACCCUCCUCGCCGGCUCCUCCCCUCCCACCCAGCGCCACGCCGCCUUCUCCCCUCCACCCUUCCCCCCAGUGCACGAGGCAGCAGAAGAACUUCAACCUGCCAGCAUCACACUACUACAAAUACAAGCAGCAGUUCAUCUUCCCAGAUGUGGUACCUGUGCCAGAGACGCCAACGCGGGCACCCCAGGUCAUCCUGCAUCCAGUGGCCUCCAAUCCAAUCUUGGAAGGAAACCCGUUACUUCAAAUUGAAGUGGAGCCAACCUCGGAGAAUGAAGAGGGCCAUGAUGAAGCUGAGGAGUCCGAGGACGACUUCGAGGAGAUGAACCUGUCCCUGCUCUCAGCCCGGAGCUUCCCACGCAAGGCCAGCCAGACCAGCAUCUUCCUGCAGGAGUGGGACAUCCCCUUCGAGCAGCUGGAGAUCGGCGAGCUCAUCGGCAAGGGCCGCUUUGGGCAGGUGUACCACGGCCGCUGGCACGGCGAGGUGGCCAUCCGGCUGAUCGACAUCGAGAGGGACAAUGAGGACCAGCUCAAGGCCUUUAAGCGGGAGGUGAUGGCCUACAGGCAGACGAGGCACGAGAACGUGGUGCUUUUCAUGGGGGCCUGCAUGAGCCCGCCCCACCUGGCCAUCAUCACCAGCCUCUGUAAGGGUCGGACGCUCUACUCGGUGGUGAGGGACGCCAAGAUUGUCCUGGAUGUCAACAAAACCAGGCAGAUUGCUCAGGAGAUUGUGAAGGGAAUGGGCUACCUGCACGCCAAGGGCAUCCUCCACAAGGACCUCAAGUCAAAGAACGUCUUCUACGACAAUGGCAAAGUGGUCAUCACGGACUUCGGGCUCUUCAGCAUUUCCGGGGUGCUGCAGGCUGGCAGGCGUGAGGACAAACUGCGCAUCCAGAAUGGCUGGCUGUGUCACCUGGCUCCAGAGAUCAUCCGCCAGCUGUCCCCUGACACAGAGGAGGACAAGCUUCCCUUCUCCAAGCACUCGGAUGUCUUUGCACUCGGCACGAUCUGGUAUGAACUCCACGCCAGGGAGUGGCCUUUCAAGACCCAGCCAGCAGAAGCCAUCAUCUGGCAGAUGGGGACAGGAAUGAAACCCAACCUCAGCCAGAUUGGCUUGGGAAAAGAAAUCUCGGACAUUCUUCUCUUCUGCUGGGCCUUCGAGCAGGAAGAGCGGCCCACCUUCACCAAGCUCAUGGACAUGCUGGAGAAACUGCCGAAGCGAAACCGCCGCCUGUCUCACCCUGGACAUUUCUGGAAGUCUGCAGAGUCUCUGUCCAGCGAGUCUGCUGUGGAGUUUGGGCCUUGGAGGCUGCCUGUGAUUACCACAGAGCCUUCAUGA